ACCUGCAGAUAGGCUCCCUCCACCCCUACCCCUCACUGCCCCCCAAGGCCUGUAUGCAGGCAUAAUUUGUUCCUCAAAAAAUCACAGAGAUUAUCCAUGGUUCAGAACCUGGGGGAACGGGAGCCCACAGGAGCCAGGGCCCUCGGUGCCCUGCACCCCCACUGUGCAGCUUGCCUGCUGCCCUGGACUGCCCCCUCCACCUCUGACUCCAGUGGCUUUUUGUUCCCUUAGUCUAGACACUGGGUUUUUGCUGGGCCCCCAUCUCUGAGCCGGGAACUCCUGGUGUGUGUCUGGAAGUGGGGGUGGGGGGAGGGCAGAGAGGCUGGAGUUGGGGAGAUAGCAAUGGCCGGUAGAGGUGACAUGGGCAGAGUCACUGUUCUCUGAGGAGGGGGUGGAGGUCAAUCUUCAAGGUCCUCUAGCAGGAGCAGGAAAGCCUGCGGCUUAGGGAGGGGGCAGAUGGGAAAGGGGAGGAGUUUGAGGCACCGGUCCCAAGAUGCUCUGCCCUGGCAUCUGGGUUCUGACUCUCCCUUGAAGGCCAAGUGCAACAAGCCCGGCUGUCUGGACAACUGUGGUGAUGGGGUGCUUCCCCUGGAAAUGAGGGGUUGGGGGGGCGGCUGUCUGUGGGUGUCCUGUCCACUGGCCAGGCUGGACUUGCUUCCGGUGGCGCGUGGGGAGAUGCAGGCUGGGGACCGGUGGGCGAGCCUCUGAACCCCCAAUCGUGCACACACAUACACCCCACAAGCUCGCAGGGUCCUGUGCCUCUGCGGAGCUUGGGGUUCCUUAGCCUGCGUCAGAUUCCUGGCUCCCAAUGGAAGGUGCUCACAGCCACCUUCUGGCCCACGGUGGGGCCCCGCCAGGGCACAGUGCCCUGCUGUGGGGCCAUUAGAUGAGGCCCAGCCCUCCCCAUGCUGCUGGGGGGCUUCUGGGUCCAGAGGCCUGGCUCGGGGCUGUGAAGCUGGAGGUCGUGGGGAUGGUGUGGGGGCAGAAACAGCUUUGUUUCCUUUUCUUUUUUUUUUUUUUUUUUUAAUGUUUAUUUAUUUUGAGAGGGAGCGAGAGCGAGAGCCCAAGCAGGGGAGGGGCAGAGCGAAAUAGAGACCGAGAAUCUCACGCAGGUUAAGGGAACAGAGACAGAGAAUCUCCCGGUCAAGGGAGCCUUUUCAUGUGUCCCUCCGGACCCUGGGAAUCUUGUCUGCCCUGGCAAACCCUUCUGUGCCACGUUGCCCCAGGCGGAGCUGGUCACCAGGAACAAGGCCCUGGGUUCUGGCCAGCCAGGCCCCCGAAAGUCUUUCCUCUCCAGUCUCGUCCAAGAAGGAUGAAUAGUGAGUACGCUGUCCCAUGCCCACUGCCACCUCACCACAAAGAGUUUAGGAACUAGACACCCAGAGGGAUGGGGCCAGUGUCCGCGUUGCUUGAUAAGGUAGGAAAGUGAGGUUCAGAGAGACUUGACGCCUUACCUGCCAAGGUCACCUGCUAGGAGGGGGCAGGUGCUCCUGCCCCACCUCGUUCCCUACCAGGGUGAACUGGGAACAGUGGAGUCCGGGGGUGGGUGGGCUCGGUGGGUAGACAUCUCUGAGGGGUCCCUCUCCAGGACAAAACCGCAUCCUCUCUGUGCGCAGGCAAAUCCGGCAUCUGAAGUGGAACAACCCCACACAAAUCAAGGACAGCUGGGCCUGCCCUCGGCCGCAGCCCCCUCCCCUGGGCCCCCCUUGCAGGCUCCAGGACCCCCGCAGACUGCGGGAGUCGGGCGAGGGGGUAAGGGUGUGGUUCUAGCGACGGGAGUUCUGGAAGCCCCGCAUGUGUGAAAUCUCCCCCAGCUGUCCCCCGUGGAGGGAGGGACCGCACGGUGUUAGGGAUCACUUUCCAGAGUGGGGCAGCUGCUGACGCACCCUGCUUGUGGGGGCCCACGCUGGGGGUGCCCGCCCUGGGGAGGGGACAGUCUGCGAAAGAGGAAGAGAGGAGCCCGGGGGCGGGGCGCGCACAUAGACUCCGUCACUCACACACUCUCUCACUCACACAGCCAGGCCACUCAGUCACUCGACAAACAUUCAUGAGUGCUCACCGUGGUCAAGACUGACCCCGUCCCCGCCCUUGCCGCGCUCACGGGGAGGUGGAGACAGAUGGGGUCCAAAAUCACCCACCAAGGGAGUAAUUACAGUCAGUGGAGGGGACUCAGAUAUAGCUGGGCAGCUGGGUCAUGGGUCUGUGAGGCCAGGCUGGGCCUUCCUCUUGCCGUGACCUCGCUCCCCAGGCCUCUUCCCUGGACUCGCCCCUGUGUCCCCCUCUGCUCUGACCUUCCCUGUUGUCUCCUCCAGGGACGCUGUUUACUAGCGGGCCGCAGCUCGGGCCACUCUUCCCCAGUGCUGCCUCCUCCCAGCCAGCUAGCACAGCAGACCUGACUACCUCAAUGUCUGAUGGUUGGCCUAAGGAGGAUGGACAGACGGACCUCUGCCUGGCCAUCCUGCCUGGGCAGGGGGUCCAGUCUGGGCAAGGGGGGAUUGAGCCAUGUUGGACCCUGAAGGCCAAGGGGCCCUCCCGGGAGAUCCAGCUGGCAGAGAAGCUGGCCGAUGCAUUUCUUCUUCACAGUGGAGGUGAGACCGGACAGGGCGGGAGGUGAGCGAGCCUCUCAGGGUGCAGGGACAGCUACAGGACCGGUGCUCCCAUGGCCUGGUUCCUUUCGACUCACUUCCUGCCAUGUGGCUCAGAGCGGGGGAUCCACUGUGUCUAGACCACACAGAGAGGUGCCAGUGGAGAGCUGGGGCUGGACCCUGAUGGCAAGGUAGGGCGGAGGCAGAUCGGAGGGGCCACUCCGACAUCCUGGGCAGGAGAGAAGGCAGCAACCCCCAUGUGUGAGGAGGCUUGCCUGACCACCACUUCCUCCAGAAAGCCUUCCCUGACCUCUUCCUCCAUUCACAUCCUUCCACUAGCCGGCCAUUGUCAAGUGCCUAUUUGGUGCCAGUCUCUGUUAGGUGCUAGGGACCCCCCGGUGAGCAAAUGUCCCAAGGCUGCCUUCCUGGGUGUCCCCAGAUUUGCCCCCACCUGUCACUUGAGGGAUGGUGGCUGGAGGGAGGGGCUCGGCUAGGAAAUUAUCCUUGUCCCCGGACUCCAUUCCCCAGCCCCCAGCAUGUCCUGCUGUCGUUGGUAAGUUGCUUCUGGAAAAUCCUCAAGCAGGUGUGUGUGUCAGGGGUUCGGGGGCUGAGGAAAAGCCAUUCUCAGUAGGAGGAACAGCAUGAGCCAAGGCUGGGAGGAGGAAGCCACUCUCCCUGUGCCAGGGCCGGGCGACAGAGGGUCCGCCAGGGUCGAAUGCUGGAAUCUGGAGCCCUGAGAGGGGCCUGCUGAGACUGUGAGUGGGUGCUCCAGGUGGAGCAGGGCCCCACCCAGGACAGGUCUAAGGAGAACCAGUCUGUCUGGAACAGAUCCCCUUUUAAGCUAGACCAGAAGAAGAACUUCCUGUGACCCUGUGUGUAUCAACAUGCACCCCACACAGUACUGUGCCAACGACCCGCCUACAGGGCUCCUGGCUGAGUCUUGCCCUGACAAGCAGGUGCAGGCCUGUGUCUGGGAUCCGGGCUGGGGCCCUGAUCAGCGGCCUUCAUGCCACUGGCUCUGCAGAGCCCCCUUAGUUCAGGGCUGCCUCUAGGUGGGAGACCUGGAAAUGCCUGUGGGUCACAGAGGCCCCUGGCCUUUGGAGAGGCCCCAGGUUUCUGGGACUUGCCCAGAUGCCAUUGGUCCCAGGAACAAGCAGAACCCAGGGCAGUGGCCUCUGAGCAGCUAGUGAGAGGUCGGCCUCUCCUAGGAGCCCAUGCCCAUGGGGCACCAAGCUUCAGUGAGGAAGCCCUGGGCAGAGACGUAGAGAGGACGCUGUUCCUUUUCUGUCUCUCCCUGGGACUGUUGCUCCCGGAGCCCUUUCCUUCUCUGCUUUCCUUGUGCUGUGGUGGGGGGGGGGGGGGUUCAGUGAACCUGGGGCUGCAUAAACUCCCCACAGAGUGUCCAGCACCCAGCAGGUCCCGUAACUGAGCGGCCCCUGGCCCCUGAAUGUCACUGCACCUCAGCAGGAGCUCCUAAGAUAGAACCCGGGCUCCUCCUUCCGGUCUCCCAUCCCACCUCUCCAGAAUCUUCUCAUCUACAGGAGUCACUUUGCCAGCAUUAGAGAUGGGUCCCUGACAUCCCAGGGCAACGCCAGGCGGACUGGGCUGCAGAGACAGACGGUGUGACAUGGUAGAAAGGGUCAGGAGACAGAUCUGAAUGGGGCCUUGGGACAGACGCCUGUCGUCCCUGAGCCUGCUUCCCAGGACCCUAAAAUGGUAAUCGUAUUGGACAACCGUCUCCGGCCGCCAGGGUUGGGACCCUGAUGAAUGGCAAGCCAACUGUCAGGAAAGCGCGCCCCAUUCUCCCCCUCAGACUUCCCUCAACAUUCCCGGGAACGCCUCGGCUCAGUAGGGCCCGGGUCCACACUCACCCGCGCACCUGCUGCUACGCCCUUGUCCGGAGGGACUGGGAUCCGCCUUCUAAGAGCCGGUCCUUCAUCUCAGUCCUGUCACUGCCCUGAGAGCCGACCCGUCGCCGCAGCAUCCAGGCGCGCAAUGGUGAUGACCCCGAAGCCUCGCAGGCUGGAGCCCAGGUCUCCAAGAGGGCGCGACAGGAGCCUGAUGCCACGCACCCUGGACGGGCAGAUCACCCUGGAGAAGACCCCUAGCUACUUCGUGACUCGGGAGGCCCCCGGCCGCAUCCACGGCAUGUCUCCGGACACGAAGCUGAUCGUGGUGGUGCGGAACCCUGUGACGCGGGCCAUCUCCGACUACGCCCAGACGCUCUCCAAGACCCCGGGCCUGCCCAGUUUCCGUGCCCUGGCCUUCCGCCACGGCCUGGGCCCUGUGGACACGGCCUGGAGCGCCGUACGCAUCGGCCUGUACGCCCAGCACCUGACCAACUGGCUGCGGCUCUUUCCCCUGUCCCGCUUCCUAUUCGUCAGCGGGGAGCGCCUGGUCAGCGACCCGGCCGGGGAGGUGGGCCGCGUGCAGGACUUCCUGGGCCUCAAACGCGUGGUCACGGACAAGCACUUCUACUUCAACGCCACCAAGGGCUUCCCCUGCCUCAAGAAGGCCCAGGGGGGCAGCCGCCCCCGCUGCCUGGGCAAAUCCAAGGGCCGGCCCCACCCCCGCGUGCCCGAGGCUGUGGUCCGGCGCCUGCGGGACUUCUACCGGCCCUUCAACCGCAGGUUUUACCAGAUGACCGGCCAGGACUUUGGCUGGGACUGAGGAGGACGGGCCAGCCCGUGCCCGGCCCGGGGACCCUCGCUCACCUUAAUUUAUGCCGGCCGCCGGGCCGUGGAGCCUGCAGACAGAUGACGGGUAGGGAAAAGUAUUUAAGGAAUAAAGCCUGGGUCUGUGUUCUUCCACA